AUGUUUGCCUACCACGUGGACGACGAGAAUGACGAGGAGGUGUGGGACGACCUCAUCGGCGAGGACCAGAACGCCUACGUACUCCUCUCUGAGAAUGUCGAGAAGAUGAUUUCCGAGGCCAUCACCAAGCAGGAUUUCUCAGCAACCACCCUUACCACAAUCCUGGAGGCCACGUUCGGCAAGGAAGGUGAAGGCUUUCCUCAUCGGGGAGCACGUGCCAGAAGAAAGGCUAUGGGGGAGAAUGACACUGGCAGCUCCAGAUUGUCCCUCGGAUACUACACCUACGGGAACAUGCGAGGGAUCUGUGCCAACACGUCAAAGUAUGCCUCCCUGUGCCUGUACCUCAAGGACUACUUCCUCACGAGACAACCCGAUGCCAGGUGGUCCUCUUUCUCGAUCGCGUUCAACUGUACUCCCCAUGUACAUGCCGAUUUCAACAACCUCAAGGGGACGCUCAACUACAUCACCUGCGGCGGCAACUUCGCGUGUGGAGGGGGUCUUUGGCAGGAGAACGGACACGUGAAGGGCAAUGAUGUCAUGUUGGACCCCAAAGACCGCGAGAUCAAGGGCAAAGUGCAGAGCGCGUACGACAAAGUGAUCUCCUUCGCACCAGAACGCCUUCAUUCGGCCCAAGAUUGGACAGAAGGCAAUCGAUGGUCGGUGACGGCAUUUUCCACUCGAGGUUUCGCAGGGAGCACCCAAGGAGAACGACGGCAGCUACGACAAUGGGGUUUUCCUCUACACGACCUACGGCAUCUCUCUCGUGAUCGGAAGAUGAUCGUCGACCACCAGGCUACCAAGGCUACCGUGUCCUUUCAAGACGAGGGCAAGGAUGCACUACAACCUACGGCUUCCUCUUCCACUUCUUCUCGCCCCAAGAGGAGCAUGCGGAAAAGUCUUUGGAGGAACGCCUCCCGUGCAAGCGCCUUCCUAACUUGGUCCCUCUCGUCUCUGUCUUUGGCUUGCACUUCGGCCUUUCCGACUUCGGGACCAGAGCCCACAACUCCGGCGGUGGCCCUUCUGGAGAUCGGCGGGAUCGAGCAAACCUUACAGGCCACUACGGAUUUCGGAUGUUUUGCGGCAGAACCAGUUCUCUGGGAGGACAUCCCCCCCCACGACUCCGGUGACUUCGUGAUCAAGAUGCUCAAACAAUCUCAACCCUCGAUGUUAUGGAUCAACCCGGCCAUGCAUGACCAGUCCUUCGACGAGGCCAAGUUCUUUGAGAUUGUGGAUGUUUGUGGUCGAUGGCAAGUACAACGCUAUGGUUCCGUGGUGGUACCUACAGAUCUACUUCCUGAAGGAAUCCGACAGCGAGUUCUUCGACAACUUACGGCUUUUUGUCCUGUCGACACCGUCGUCAUCGACAACCAGCAAUGCUACAAGGCAUCCUCCACGGGCGUCUCCAUUAAUCACAUGGCCGAGGGAGAGGCACAAGGAGAACGUGAAGAACUACCAUUUCGGGAAGGAGCGGCUGGAAUAACUUUCGACAAGAAAGUUCCGAAGGACGUUGCUGCCGCCCUCCGUCGACUACACCAGAAUCUUGGGCACCCUGCCCGGGAAGAUUUGGUUCGUCAUCUACAUCUUGCCGGAGCUGACAAGGAGGUGAUCAAAGCAGCCAAAAGCUUGUCCUGUUCAACUUGUGCGAGAACGAAGGGUCCAAAGAGUGCCCGGCCGGCGGCAGAACCCAGGCUCCUGGAAUUCGGCGACGUGGUUGGGGUCGACAUGAUGUAUGACUACGACAUCGACGGGAAGAAAAUCAAGUUGUUCUCCAUCGUCGACCACGCCUCUUCCUACCAGGUCGUGGUACAGGUCCCCCGCCAGACCGGGGCCGUCCUCGAGAAAGCCUUCGUGAAGCAUUGGGUCCAAGUGUUUGGAGCUCCCAAGGUGAUCACCCUGGACCUGGAACGGGGCAUCCAGGAUGCUUUUGGACGCCUUGCCGAUUGGUUCCACAUCGACCUCCGCACCAGCGCGGGACAGGCCCAUUGGCAGUCCGGUUUUACAGAAAGGCACGGUAAAUGGUGGAAAGAGAUUUUUGCCAGAGUCGUCCAAGACCAGACGGUACGCGGAGAUGAAGUUGAGGAAGCCAUCGCUGCCACGUCCUCAGCCAAGAACGAGCUGCGUCGCCGUUGCGGAUGGGCACCCUGCCAGAUCGUCUUCGGCAAGAAUCCUCGUGGAGACGACGACCUUGAGUUUGAAGUCGAAGAAGGGGGUGGCGAACUGCUCAGGACACCAGACUCUGCUCAACAACGCCGGGCCACCAUCAGGAAUGCCGCGAAGCUUUCCUUCUUCCGGUCGCGAACCGAGGACAAGAUCAGAAGAGGGAUGUCACAGCGAGCACGUGUGAAACCAAGGGACCUCGACAACGGCGCGAUGGUGCUUUUCUGGAGGAAGCCCGCGAACAAGAAGACUGGGUCCUGGAAGGGACCAGGAACCGUGAUAGGACAACAAGACGGCAACUACUGGGUGUCACACAGUGGACGUUGCUAUCUCUGCGCACCGGAGCACCUUCGCAAGGCACUCCCUGAGGAGCUCGGAGGACUCUAUGCCCUUCGCGCCACCAAGGACGAUCUGCUUCGCUUGGUCGAGAGAAACUACGACGAUUCCGCCGUUUUCCCGGGAGAGGACGACGCCGAGAUCGGGGACAAGGACCUCUUCGAUGCGGUGAUGGAUCUUUCGGAAGUGGAAGCAGAAAGUGAAGUGGAUGGAACUGGAGACAUGGAGCUCGACAACGGAGACCUACUGGAGGAGGACCCUGGCGUCCCCCUUCCUGACCAACCAUCCCGCGCCGUCCGCAGGAGGUUCUCCUCGAAGAGGCCGGAGCCCUACGACGCCGCCAAGGACAAGAAGGACCCCAAUGAGGCCUACAUGCUAAAAAGGGCUACCACGAAGCGAGGUCGCGACAAGCAGUUGGAGAAGGAGAUCCCUUGGAGUAUGAUACCAGAGUCAAAGCGCCAGCUCUUCAUCGACGCAGAACACAAGCAAUGGGAGGAACAUCUACGACUCGGAGCUCUCCGACCUCUCGACCUCGCAGAAAGCGCUGAGAAACUCAAGUCCGGACGGGUGCUCUCCUCGAGAUUCGCAUAUCGGGACAAAAACCUCGCCCGGAGACGGACCGAUCCUACGGUCGAGUGGAAGGCCAAGUCCCGGCUUGUGGUGUCGGGACAUACCGACCCCGACAUCGUCUCAGGUGCUCUCCGCACCGACUCGCCCACAGUUUCGCGGACGGCUGUAAUGACUUUGCUACAAAUCGCUGCCUCACAGCUGGACGCGGACUGGGGAAUCGCAGCAGGAGAUGUGACGGCAGCUUUCUUGAACGGCGAGAAGCUCGACCGUGAACUAUACCUGCGUCAACCCAAACAUGGACUUCCUGGACUGCAUCCUGAUCAACUUAUCAAGAUAGAAAAGGGAGUGUUCGGGUUGAUCGACAGCCCUCGGAAAUGGUGGAAAAAGUUCAAGAAGGACAUCCAGGAGUUGACCAUCGACCUCCCCGACAACAAGAAGGGCAAGUUCUUCGCGUCACCUCUUGAUCCCUGCGUGUUUCAAUUGGUCGAGCUGGACGAUGAAGGGAAGCGCGGGCCUGGAAAGCCGCUCUGCUAUGCUGCCGUUCAUGUGGACGACAUUCUUCUUGCAGGUCCCCGUGCUUUCCGUACUUCUGUUCAGGAGCAACUUUCCAGAUGUUUUCCUGUUGACGAGUGGGAAGAGGAUGUGUUCGAUUUCAUCGGUUCCCAUAUCGAGACCCGACAUGAUGGCAUCUUCGUCUCCCAAUCCUCAUAUGCCACCAACCGCCUCUUCGAGAUCUACGUGGACCCCAAGGCCCCUGCUGAUGCCCUGGCGGACACCGAACAGGUUGCAGACAACCGCUCACUGGUCGGGGCAUUAUCCUGGCUGGCGUCACAAUCACGGCCGGAUUUGGCUUGCGGCGUUUCCAUGUGUCAACAACUACAAGCACGACCUACGGUUGAAGACAUUCGUUUUACGAACACCAUGGCGAAGCGAGCACUACUACACAAGGACGAGGGGAUCCUAUUGGCGAAGAUCCCCCUCGACGAGAUGGUGGUGGCCGUGUUCCACGACGCUGGCUGGAGCAACGCUCCAGACUCCAAUGAGGACCCCGUCUACUUCCUGAAUGAGGAGGACGAAAGGAACGGACUAAUUACCGAAGGACCCUGGGUGAACAAGGUCCGAAAGACGAAGAAGAAGAACUCUAGUGUGGCCUCGCAACUAGGGGCGCUCGUGAUGGUCUGCGGCAAGAACGGGAUCAACUCUAUGGGAGCCCCUGCGAGCAUCUUGGAAUGGCGCUCCCAUGCGUGUGAUCGUGUGUGCAGAUCUACUUUCGGUGCUGAGACUAUGGGAUGUAUGGAGGGAUUCGAACUGGGUCAGUACGUGAGGGCGAUGAUCGACUCCUUCCUCACCGGGAAGAUCACCAGGAACGCCGGGAAGGACAUCCCCAUCGUGGGAGUGACCGACUGCCGGUCCCUCUACGACCAUAUGCACCGUGAUGGACUACCACGAACUCCUUCCGAUCGAAGGCUGGCGAUAGAUAUUGCCUGUUUGAGACAAACGCUGAUGGAGGAGACAGCCGAUCAUGAGGACGCCAGGGCCCCUCUUGUUUGGGUACCGACACAUCUUCAGCGAGCCGAUGUCCUCACAAAGCCAAAAUUGGCCAGUGACUGGUGCUAUCGGAAUCCCGAGUACCGGGAAGACUGCGUGCUUCUGGCUUUGGGGUUUUAA